AUGGUGGGGUCGGGUCGUACAAGCGCACGGCCUCUGCGACCCGGCCACUAUCUCGGUAUCGACAAGGCCAUUCUGCUCUACACCAAAGCAGUCGUAACAAUGCCAGCUCGAGAGGAGGACCUGCUCAUCCCGUCGGUGCAGCCAGGCAUCAAGAUCGUCGGCAUCCUGCAGCGCAAGAGCAUCGAGGCGUCCACCUCGUCGCAACGCCAGCCCAUCGCGCUCAUCCUGCACGGCCUGCUGGCGCACAAGAACCAGUGCUACCAUCGUGCGCUCGCCGAUGCGCUGCCCAUCGACUCGCUGCGCUUCGACUUUCGCGGAAACGGCGACUCGCACGGCGACUGGACGCUGGGCAGCCUCGACAACGAUGUGACCGACCUGGCGACGGUGGUGCGCCACCUGCACCAUCGGCUGGGCUACAAGAUCGAGCUGAUCGUGGCGCACUCGCGCGGAUCCAUGGUCUCGUGGAUGUACCUCUCGCGUGGGCCAGAGGUGCUUCGUGCAGAUAUGGGCAGCGCUGGCAUUCCCAAGCUUGCCGUGGUGUCGGGUAGGUGGUUCAUGGACGGAGUGCUCGAAACCUACGCCCGCUUCCAGGAGGGGUUCAAAAAGGAAGGCUUCUAUCGCUGGAAGUUUACGAGUGCAGGAAAGAAGAGAGAACACAUCGUGUACCCCAAGGACCUCGAGCAGAUGGCGGCGAUCAAGGAGCCCAGAGACUACGUCGCCCGCGUGUCGCCAGACACACAAGUCAUCAUCCUUCACGGCACGGCAGACCAGAUUGUGCCGGAGCGCGAUGCACACACGUAUCUGGCCGCGCUCGACUCGAAUCCAGCGCGCACACCGGGCUCGCACCAGCUUCAUCUCAUCCAGGGCGCCGACCACAUGUACAGAGGUGCCACGCAGCCCGUCGUCGAGCGCAUCUGCAGCUGCGCGACCAUGCCUCGCAACACCUCCGCCGCGUGCCUGCUGUUUGUGCGCAUCUGCCAGCUGCAAAUCGACGGCAAGAACGUGGGCGAUUUCGUGGACCGCAUCCAGACGCUUUCGCUCGAGUACCAGCAAGCCUCGGGCAGCGCUGUUGACGACGAUGCGCUCAUGGCCAUCCUCAUCAACCAGGCCAUGCCCAUCCCCGAGUACCACCUCGUCGUCAAAGAGCUCACCGAGUCCGGCCGUCUGACCGACUACUACACGCUCGCCUCGGCGCUCCAGAACCGCUGGAAGCAGAUCCGCUGA